AUGUCUACUGAAACAAAUACAAGAAUCUCCAAACGAGUAGAGAAGGAGCUGCAUCAAACAAAGGUUGUGAUUAGAAGACUACCCCCUGACUUCUCCGCAGAAAACUUUCUAGAAACUGUAAACCCUCUCCCAUCAAACUCUUACUUUUACUUUGCUCCUGGUGAUUCUACCCUCGGUGCUCAUGGCUGUUCUAGAGCAUACAUUGCAUUCAACAACGAAGCAGAAAUACUACCAUUUCGAGACCAAUAUGACGGACUAGUCCUAGAAUCUGGAAAAGGAACAAAAUAUCGCAUGACUGUAGAAUACGCACCAUUUCAAAACAUACCCAAGAAGAGUAGAAGGAAACCUGAUACCCGAAUUGGUACGAUUGAGGAAGACGCUGAUUUCAUUUUAUUUCUCGAGGCAUAUGAAGGUACUGAAGAGCCUACUCCAUCACUUGAUCUUGUUGCUUACCUACAAAAUCUCGAAGCUACAAAACGCAAAGCAAUUCAGUCAACUCCUCUGACCGAAUACUUAGAUAAAAAGGGGCUGCUGAGAAGGAAAGGUAGAAAUGAAGCUAAAAAGAAACACAAGGGAGAAGCCAGUAAAGGCGGUAAAGGCCGUGGCGCGAGAGAAGAUUCAAAACUAUCCAAAACUAGAGAGGAGAGUAGUCGUGAUACAAGAAGGAAGGAACGUAGACAAGACAAAGCACCACCCAAGCUAGUCACUAAAGAUAAGGAAGACAAUGAGCCUACUCAAUGGCCAACGAUUGAACCAACAGAAAUCAAGACUCCUGCACGAGAUCCCAAAUAUGAAACUAAAAGUAACACCAGCAGUGACAGACACAGCAAAGGAGAAGGUCGCACUAAAAAUAGAGACCGUCCAGACCGAGGAAUAUACACACCUCGAAGUCGGGAUGAUUCAGGAAAACACAAAGAAGAUGGAGGUGAACAGAGCACACACCAAGGCCGCUCUCAACGCUACAAAGGUGGGAAGGAUGAAGGACAGGAAGAGAGAUAUUCAAGCAGAUCUACUAGAGGCCGUGGAAGAGGCCCCAGAGAUCGACAGAAGGAGUACAAUGACUAUAGACAUGAAUCUUAAUUGUAUUAUUAUUAUGAUAAAUAUCUAUUAAUACCAUACAAAUUUGUUCACUGCUAAAUGUUCAAUUGUCCUAAAGUUCAUUUUUGGUCCAAAA